UGACAAAACACCCCAUAUUCCCGCGUUCCAUACCUAAACCUAAUUUCGCAGCAUCAGAGUGAGAUAGCCGAUAAUAUACGUACGAGAGUAAAAGAGAAGUCGUAUGACUAAUUGUUUUGAAACAACUUGAAAUUGGAACGCAACAUCUAUAACAUUAUUGAUGCCGUUUUGCAGUUGUAAAAUAUCUUAUAAUAAUUUAUUAUUUAUUUGAAAAUUCCUCGUUAUGGCUUCCACAUCUAAAGACGUUCCUACGGUUGUCAUUCAGGAUAAUCCACCUGAUGAUUUGGAACCUGGUGCAUGCUACGACAGCAUCCUAAAUCCGACAGAUUCGUUCGAAGAAUUUGCUUCUGAGAUGAGCUCAAGUUUACAAGAAAGGAAUAUAUCAUUGGCAACUAAAAACAGUACUAUAAGUGAGAUUCAAAGUGAAAUUAUUGGUGAGAGUUCUGCUCAGAUGAAAGCGACAAAGUCAAGUGACGACUUACAAACUAAAGAUGAAUCAAUAUCAGCGUCAACGAGCCACUCCAACUUAGUGGAACAGAACGGUGAUGAGACAGACAAUGAGAAAGAUGAUUAUCUUCAAUCACCUGAACUAGUGAACAAAGAAAAACAUGUCUUCAUACUGAGUUCUGCUGGUAAACCUAUUUAUUCUAGAUAUGGUAACGAAGACAAGUUAGCAGGCCUCUGCGGAGUCAUCCAAGCAUUAGUAAGCGUAGUCGAGGAACAAAACCAGGAUAUAUUGAGAUCUAUCACCACUAAGGAUUGUAAGGCUGUGUUCUUAGUGAAGGGACCUUUGAUAUUAGUUGCAGUAUCAAAGUCCAAUGAGAGUGAAACACAACUUGUUCUACAGUUAACGUAUGCAUUUAAUCAAAUAGUGUCAGUACUUACUCUAACACAGCUGAACAGAAUAUUUGAACAAAGAAGGAACUAUGAUCUGCGGAGACUGUUGUCGGGGGCUGAGCGACUUAUCGAUCAUUUACUUAUAUUUAUGGAGAAGGAUCCCGCAUUUUUGUUGGGCGCAGUCCGCUGUCUCCCGCUCCCCGAAAAAGCCAGAGAGAACAUAACAAACGCUAUACAAACUACUUGCAACAAAAUCAGGGAUUUGGUUUUCGCAAUAAUGCUGGCUGGCAAUCAACUGAUUACCCUGGUUCGAAUGAAGAAGUACACAUUACAUCCGUCGGACAUACAUUUGUUGUUUAACUUGGUUCGAAGCUCUGAAUCUUUUAAGACGGCGGAGAGUUGGACCCCGAUUUGUUUGCCGAAGUUUGAUUCUACCGGUUUUCUCCACGGCCACGUAUCCUACAUCUCAGAAGACUGCCAAGCUUGCCUUCUCCUUCUAACAGUACAACGCGACGCAUUCUUCCCUCUCUCCCAAGCUAAACACACAAUCGCCGAAAAACUUCGCCGGUCAAACUGUCUCGUAGCCAUCAACGAUGCCUUAAACAGAAACGAAGAAUUACCCACAACAAAUCCAUUAAAACACAUAGGAAUACCAGAAAUCAGACAUUUUAUGUACAAGUGUAAAUCUACUGCCCAAUUAUUUACGUCAGAUCCUAUAAGUUUAGAUAAACUACAGGAUUAUAGAAUGAGGCAUAAAGAAGGAGGUGAUAUUAUGGUGAAAAAGGCCGAAAGACUGUCUGAUAUUGACUAUGUGAGGAAUUAUAGAAGGUUUUGCAGUUCUAUACAUUGUACUUCGACGCCGGCUAAGCUUAUAUUUCGGUCGAAUUCUAAUGACACCGUUUUGGCUUGGGUAACAAACGGCUUCGAACUCUACGUAACAUUCGAUCCUCUAAUGGAAAAAGACCAAGCCAUCAAAGCAGUAGACCGUCUUCUCAAAUGGAUCAAGAAGGAAGAACAAAGGAUCUUCAUAAUGCACGCGCCGACCUUCUAGCUAAAAUUCAGUGUGCCUUCACUCAGUGGCAUGAUUAAAAACUCUUUGAAUCGCAACUCUAGUUCUGAGGAGUGUCUAUGAUUUUAUUUUUUACUUCUUUUUCUUUUUUUUUUAAUGGCUGUUCAGGUAAAAUUAUAUAAGCAAAAAAUUGAAGGAAAAACAAACAGUUUUUAUUAGGAGAAUCUAAGUAUUUUCAGAUUACCCGCGAAAUUAUCUAUUCAUCAGCUUUUUUAUCGUCCCACUGCUGGGCACAGGCAUAGAAGGAAAUUAUUUAUUGAUUGGGUAAUUAGAUAUUCGUAUUUCAAAUUAUAUAUGACGAACGAAUUCAUCGCUAGGCUUUAUGUAUUUUGAAUAUAGGAAAUCAAGAGUUUCGAUCACUGUUCAUUUUUCAACUUAUGCGCAUUCGAUCAUGCAUUGAAAAAUAAAAACGUGCUUUUGAUAUUCGAAUUAGUAGGUAUCUCCCGAAUGUGCCACAGGUGAUAUUUUUUGCAUUCUUUUUGAACUGGAUACGAUGCAAUAAAUUGCUUUGUCCAAAAACAAAAUGUAUACUCAAUUUUUUCUUUAAAGCAUAAUGUUGCUCUACCAAUAGCUCUAUGUAAGUAAUUCUGUAAUACAUAUGAGUUUAAUUAUCUCUCUCUUUUACUUAGUACGCAGUCUUAUAAUCCAGCCUUAUUUCAGCCGUAAGUCUGCUAUUCAUAUACUCUGCUAUUUUUAAGAAAACUGCUGAUCCUAUCUGUUUAGCCUCAAUUAUAAAAUAGACUAAAAUUAUCUAUGCAAUUCACGCCAAUUAUAGUUUUCAUUUCUGAAGUUAGCAAUUUGGGUUGCAGUUGUAUUGAUAAAUUCACUAUUAUGAAGCCUAUAAUAUGAUUAUCUUCGGAAUAGAAAAGUUUGUUGGCGUGAACUGUAGGUACAUAUUGUAGUAACAUGAACAAUAAUAUAACGUAUUAUUUAUGAAAUUAGUGCUAGUGAAUUGUAAAAAAAAUAAAAUAAAUUAAUGAAAAUAUAGGUACCUACAUUGAGAAAUCAAAUUAGACUAAUUUAUUGAUUGAAAAUGAAAUUAUUGAAAUGCAUUUAGCAUAAAUAUAGUGUUUGUAAAUUGUUAGAUAGAUGUUAAAAGAAAUAAUGAACUUGGGGUUUUAUGCAUAGACAAGGAGAAUGGCUAAAGCAUUAUCUAACCAACCAUGAAGUUAUAUUUUUCAGGAAAAUGAAUCAAAAAAUAAUAAAAAUAUAUUAGUCUAUUCUCCAUGUCUAUGUUGUGUACAUAAUUAUGUAGAUAGUGAAAUAAAAUUAAUAUGCUCAUAUUUAUAGUAUGAAUUGUUCUUCCUAUUAGAUUUUCAAACUUGUUAGAUUUCAGUUUAAAUAUAACUGUCACAGGGCAUCAUGAUUUUUCUAUAAUUAUGUACAUUGAAUAAGUAGUUGUCUACCUGUAUUCCUUAAUUUUUUUGUUAACUAUCUCAUAUCAAUAUGUAACAUGAACUUUUUUUUAUUUACCUUUUCUGACAUCCGAUAAGUAGUGCUUCUGAUUUAUGGCAAAUUAUAGUCAUCCAAAUUUAAGUUCAAAAAUGAGGUGGUGCUAUAUUUUGCAUAUAGAUUCAUCUCAUUUUCAUAAUGUAAUUGAAUUUAUCAUUAUAUGAGCUUAUGUCCGAUAAUUUAGCCACAUAGAAGUUAAAAUUGAUGUACAUAAUACAAAAUGAUUGUACUUGUAAAUGAAAUGUUUACUUUACAGAGAAUUAUUUUUAUGAUAUUGUUAUCAUAACUUUUUUUUAAAUAUACAUGUCAAUUCAUUGGUA